GACUACCGAUCCCGUCAUGCACAGAAGCUUGCCGCCGUGGUGAACGGAGGCUUUAUCUAUACGUCGACGGACGCGGGCUUCAACUGGACGGAACAAACGAACGCUGGUAUUCGUGACUGGUCAUCGAUCGCGUCCUCAUCGAAUGGCACGAACCUUGCCGCCGUGGUGAAUGGAGGCUCCAUCUGGACGUCGACCGACGCGGGCGUCACCUGGACGGAGCAAAUGAACACUGGUUCUCGUAGCUGGGUAUCAAUCGCGUCCUCGUCGGAUGGCACGAACCUUGCUGCCGUAGUCUUUAGAGGCUUCAUCUAUACGUCGACCGACGCGGGCGUUACCUGGACGGAGCAAAUGAACGCUGGUUCUCGUGACUGGUUAUCGAUCGCGUCCUCAUCGAAUGGCACGAACCUUGCCGCCGUGAUGAGUCCAGGCUUCAUCUAUACGUCGAACGACGGGGGCGUCACCUGGACGAGUCGAUUAGACAAUCUAUCCCGUAACUGGCGCUCGAUCGCGUCCUCAUCGGAUGGCACGAACCUUGCCGCUGUGGUGACUGGAGGCUUCAUCUGGACGUCGACCGACGCGGGCGUCACCUGGACGGAGCAAACGACCAUAAGCUCACGUAACUGGUUAUCGAUCGCGUCCUCGUCGAGUGGCACGAACCUUGCCGCCGUGGUGAGUCCAGGCUUCAUCUAUACGUCGACCGACGGGGGCGUCACCUGGACGGAGCAAACAAACGCUGAUUCACGUAGCUGGUUAUCGAUCGCGUCCUCGUCGGAUGGCACGAUAUGA